CUCCAUCGCAUUUUCUCAUCUACUUUGAUCAAUCAAGAGCUUUUUAGCAAUGGAGUCAGCUCCUCUUUGCUCCUCAUUACUUCCUUCUUUCCCACAAAAACGCAGAUAUGGGCGUGGUAAGAGGUCAAGCGGCACGGUUGUUCUCGCUCCUCGGAGAGAGAACACCCAAGAGUGGCUGAGAUAUGGAGAGUUGCUCGUAGAUGAAAGCAUGCUUGUGCUGAGGAAACGCAUUCGUGAAAUGAAAAUGGUGGAGAGAAAUUAUGAGCCUCCAGAAGAGUGGAUGGAGUGGGAGAAGCAGUGCUCUACAUCCUACGACGAGUUUAUAUGUAAGUUUGUAGGGUUUUUGCAAUUGCAUUUGAUGAAUACAAGGCCUAGUUUGGCCCUAGGAAUGCUUUUGCUAGUUACAAUGAGCGUCCCGGCAUCAAUGGUCAUGAUUUCCCAACAAUUGAUGGAGGCAACAUGUGGAGUCUUGUCAACCUUUCAUGGAGGUUGAUGAGGUGUUUAAUAUUCUUUCUUUUCUUAGAGUAGGUCCAUGGAAUAUAUUUAUGUAA